CUUGCGAGUCCCGUCAUGCUCUUCAAGAUUAUGCUCUCUUUCUAUUGAAUUCUAAGCAUUUACCUCUUGCUUCCAGGAAUCAAGCAAGAAAAAGGACGCCUAUUUAAAGGGAGUGUCUCAUAGAAGGAUGCUUUGCUGAUUAUUUAAUCCCCCGCCUCCCCUCCCAGGGCUUUGCGGCAAAUUUGUCACUUGGACAUUUGUCCUGGCGCUGUCGUCAUUUCUUGUUGUUAAAGGCAGAUAGGGCCACAGUGACUGAGAACUAAAGGCAAUGGCAGUCUCACCUGUACUCACUCGGUCCCCUUCAGUGACAACGCCCUCGUCCAGUGCCGCGAUCAAACCGGUCAGGGUGUCUUCUCAGGCCUCACGUAAUGCGCAGGAAAGCCUACAGGUGCCUGAGACUUCUCAAACAGAUGCAAAUCGAGAACUCACGGAGCAAUUGAACGACGAUGUUCGGCAUAAGUACAUCAAAGAAAAAAAGCUAGGUGAGGGUACCUAUGCAGUAGUGUAUCUCGGCCGGCUUCGAGCCGAUCCGUCGUCAUGUGUGGCUAUAAAAAAGAUCAAGGUCAAUGCUGAAUACAAGGACGGACUCUCCAUGGAUGCCAUCCGGGAAGUAAAAUACCUCCAAGAACUAUCACACCCGAACGUCAUUGCCCUACACGAUGUGUUUUCUUCUAAGGAUCAAAAUCUCAAUUUGGUGUUAGAAUUUCUACCUCUGGGCGACCUGGAAAUGCUCAUCAAAGAUGGAAAUAUACACUACGGUGCUGCUGAUAUCAAAGCUUGGAUGGGAAUGCUUGCCAGGGGCGUCUGGUUUUGUCACGAAAACUUCAUCCUGCAUCGUGAUAUCAAACCGAACAAUUUGCUUAUUGCGUCGGAUGGCGACGUCAAGCUGGCAGAUUUUGGCUUGGCCAGAUCGUUUGCUGACCCCUACUUGAACAUGACCCAUCAAGUGAUCACACGCUGGUACCGACCCCCAGAGCUACUGUAUGGCGCGCGGCAAUACUCGGGUGUCGUGGAUGUCUGGUCCAUGGGAAUGGUGUUUGCAGAACUCCUCCUGCGUGUCCCAUUCGUCGCCGGCAACUCUGAUCUUGAUCAAAUUUCCAAGAUAUGCGACGCAUUUGGCACGCCGUCCGAAGACAAUUGGCCUGGGGUCACUAAGUUACCACAUUAUUUGCCCGUCGAUCCAAACCACAUUGUACCGCUUCAAGGUCGAGACUUUUUCCUUCGGCAAUUUCCCACCGUGGGCCCAGUCGGUGCAGAUUUACUCAUGUCGAUGUGCGCGUUGGACCCCAAGAAACGGAGCACGGCACGCCAGGUUUUACAGCACAGUUGGUGGUCCACGGAACCCAAGCCAACGGCCAAGGACAACCUCCCCAAGAAGGCUGGCGGUACAGAAAAAAUGGGCGAUGAUCUUACUAGAAUGGGGGCAGAUAUUGAUGAAACCCAGUUCGCACGCGCUUCGCGACAAUUGGACUUCACCGGCGCUAAGCGGUAAAAUGCGCAGCGUGGAGUCACCAUUAACCGUUCAAAUCAUGGAGCCAGAUGCAGAUCUUAGGAGUACGGUGUUCAAAUAAUGUACUCAGGAUAGCCGCGUUAUUUCGGUAGUUAAUAGUACUGGCGGAGUUGACCGUCAGCCUGGUGAGC